GAAACGAUAGUCGAUGUUGGUAAACACGACCGGGACCGGCUGUCACAAAGAUGGCGGGGGCGGGAGAAAUGGAUUGUGAAAUGAAAAACAUAAACGAUCAGCAUGUCAAUAUUGACACUCUCAGAAAAUUGGUCCGAUCGUAUUUGGAUUUACAUCAAUACAAUGCAGCAUUAUUCUGGGCAGACAAAGUUGUAUCUCUUUCUAAUGAUGAUCCUAAGGACGUGUACUGGCUAGCUCAAUGUAUGUUUCACCUAAGACAGUAUCAUCGAGCUGUUCAUUUGAUUCGGAGUAAAGAGCUUGACAAGACUCAUCCUCUUUGCCAUUAUUUGACGGUUAGAAGCUUAUUAGCAGCCAGCUGCUAUUCUGAUGCUCUUCAGCUUCUUACAAUGGUCGAGAAUGAUAAUAGCUUGUCCCGCACAACUCGUAAUACAAGUAUAGACUCUAUGGGUGAUGGGAUGAUGUAUUCUGAAUGCCCAGCCAAUUUGCAGAGUAGUAUAUUAUUUCUGAAGGGGCAAGUCUUGGAAGCUAUGGACAAUAGAGAAUUAGCAGCUGAUUGUUACAGACAAGCCCUGCGAUGUGAUGUAUUUUGUUAUGAAGCAUUUGAAGCUCUUAUUCAACAUCACAUGCUGUCAUCUUGGGAAGAAAUGGAGCUACUGGAUUCCAUUCCUUAUUCUGAGCAGUGCAGCACACCAUCUGAAGCAUCUUUUCUGCGUCAGCUUUAUGAAACAAAGUUAAACAAAUACCAAGGUUCCCCUCAGCAGUUGUCAGAAAUAAAAUCAAAUAAAUAUCCAGGGCAGUACCCAGAAACACCAGUCUCAGGUGCAGCACCAAGUCCUUCAGGGUCUGUCUUCAAGGGCAAGUUGGCCCUUGACAUCUCUCAAAGCUCUGCUGACUCACUUAAACCAGUUUCCCGUCCUGUUGAUUCUCUGCCUAAUCUUGUUGUCAAAUUGAUGCCCCAAAAUUUGGAUGUCUUAGUAUCAAAAGCAGAAAGACUUUUCUACAACUGUAAAUUCCAACACUGUCUAAAGCUAACAGAAGAUGUUCUCAAGAAAGAUCCAUAUCACAGUAGUUGCUUGUGUGUUCACAUUGGCUGUUUAGUAGAACUAAAGAAAAGCAAUCAAUUGUUCUACCUAGCUCAUAGAUUAGUUGAUCUUCAUCCAGAAAUGGCCAUUUCUUGGUUUGCAGUAGGCUGCUACUACUAUAUAAUUGGUAAAAGUGACCCUGCUAGGAGAUAUUUAACAAAAGCCACUGUUCUUGAUCGGCUAUUUGGGCCAGCGUGGCUUGCUUUUGGACAUUCUUUUGCUGCUGAGAAUGAGCAUGACCAAGCAAUGUCUGCUUACUUCAAGGCGUCUCAACUUAUGAAAGGGUGCCAUUUACCUCUUCUUUACAUUGGCUUAGAAUGUGGUUUAACAAAUAGUUGCAAACUAGCAGACAAAUUUUUCUUACAAGCACAAAAUAUUGCCCCCCAAGACCCGUUUGUUAUGCACGAACUGGGAGUGAUAGCUUUCCAAAACAGAGAGUAUGAAAGAGCUGAGAAACACUUUGAAGAUGCUCUUAAAUUAGUUCGCUCUAUUGAUGACUCUGUUGCUGAGAAGUGGGAACCACUUUUAAACAAUCUUGGCCAUGUCUCCAGGAAAAGAUGCAAAUUUCAAAUGGCUCUAGAAUAUCACCAACAAGCAUUAGUGUUGCGGCCAUUAAAUCCUUCUACUUUUUCUGCCAUGGGUUAUACACAUGCCAUGAUGGGUAACACCUUGGAAGCUGUCGACUGUUUUCACAAAGCCUUGGGUCUUCGUCGUGAUGAUACUUUCAGUACAACAAUGCUAACAUAUGUUAUCGAACAACUUGUUGAUGACACACAACCAUUUGAGGGGGCCCCAGACAAAAUGCCUGUUUUUAGAAGCAAAAAAGGUUCUUCAUCUCGAGUGCACAGAAUAAUUUCAUAUGAUGAUCAGAAUCCUGAUGAUGCUAGUAUGAACAUUGAUGAAGAAACAGAUAAUGUAGCCCCCAUAAGUGACACUGUAAAUGUUUCAGAGAUUGCCAAUGUCACUGCAGAUUCCUCAACCCUUAGCUUUGAGGUUGAAAUGCAUGAUUCAUCAUCACAAACCUUAGAUAAAGAUUCUGCAUAGCACAUCAAUUGCGACUGAGACAACUAGAACUCCAUUUCAUUUGUUAAUAAUUAUGAAAAUAAAAAUAAAUGUCUUGCCCCCUUUCAGUCUUUGAAGGGUGAAGUGCUUACUCCUGCAGUGUUUUCUUGGCAUUACCAAAAUAGAAGUUAGUUGUAUUAUUUUGUUGCAGUUGAUGUGUUGUUGUGUAUCCACUUUAUAGUUUUAAAAAAUAAAUAAAAAAUAAUCACUUCUGUAAUCGUUUGUUGCCUAGUGGAGUGUGUUAAAAUUAUUUGAUAAACUUUUAAUCACUCAUAA